AUGAUGAAAGUGUACUGGAGCAAUUGUGGCGUGUUCAACAAUUUUCAGAAAAUUACACGAAAUGAAAAGUAUUCAGAAAAAUUGAUAAAAAAAUUUCCAGAAAGACAAGAGUUCCCAGAAGAUAAUGACUCCAAAAUAGGUACUGAUUUGGGCGUUGGAGUGAGUUCUCGGAAAAACAUUUCAGGCCCUGCUAACCCCUUGUUGCAUUUUACAAGAACAAGUAUCUUCUCAGUCAAUCGACUAAGAGUGGAGACUUGGAACAUAAACACACUACAAGCCAAGUCGUUAGAGUUGUCAACUGAACUUUCUAAAUACAAGAUUCAAGUGGCUUGCAUUCAGGAAACUAGGUGGAAGAGGCAAAAAGCAAGCGUUUUAAAGGGUUAUAAGCUAUGGUAUGCAGGUUUGGAUGGGAAGCGAAGUGGAGUCAGUAUUCUUGUAGCUAAUGAUAUCCUAAAACAAGUGGUAGAAGUUAGGAGGUGCAAUGAUAGGAUUAUGCUAGUUAGAAUGGUAGUGGGAGAAGAAGUCAUAUCGAUCAUCAGUGCGUAUGUAACGCAAGUUGGGCUAGAUGAGGAAGUUAAACGUGAGUUUUGGGAGAACCUGGGUAACGUUAUAGAUACCAUCCCUGCCGAUGAAAAAGUUUUUAUAGGUAGAGAUUUCAAUGGACACAUAGGUAAGGAGGUUGUUAACUAUAAAUCAGUUCAUGGCAGUUUUGGCUAUGGUGUAGGGAAUGAGAGUGGAGAGAUCUUGCUUGAGUUUACGUUAGCAAAUGAUUUGAUUAUAGAAAACUCGAUUUUUAGAAAGAAGGAUGAGCACUUGAUUACAUACAAGAGUGGUGAGCAUGCAAUUCAAAUUGACUACUGUUUAGUACGGAAGGAUGAUCGAAGUCGUGCUGGGUACAGAGAUGCCCACCCAACAUAA